UCACGUAUUUGAGUCAAGAAGUAAGAAAGAAUGUUCCGCUGUGUUCCACUUACUAGUUCCUUGAGGAGGACAACGGCUUACUAACCGUUCUGAACUGCUUUGUUGUGAUCUAAACAAGGAUUCGCUAAUCCAAACCAAACAUCUCCAACAACCUGCUUCCAAUGGUUUUCACUAGAAAACCAGAGGACAACAAAGCUUAAGUGGCCACCGUAAGCAGCUUUGUCUUGGCUGACUAUGAACACAACGGCGAACACGUCGGACUGCCCGGAGUUAAGCGUGCCCGUCCCAAUCUUCUUCAUCAUCGGGGUCGUCGGUCUGAUGGAGAACCUCUUGGUUGUGGCGGCUGUCGUAUACAACAGGAACCUCCACUCGCCCAUGUACUGCUUCAUGUGCAGCCUAGCGGGCUUCAACACCGUCGCCAGCCUCACUAAAAGCUGCGAGAACGUGCUGCUUGUGUUUGCAGACGAGGGCCAACUGAAGAAGGACGGUUUCUCUGAGACCAAGCUCGACGACGUGAUAGACUCGCUGCUCUGUAUGUCCUUUGUGGGUUCAAUCUUCAGCUUCCUGGCCAUCGCUGCGGACCGGUACAUCUCCAUAUUCCACGCGCUCAGAUACCACAACAUCAUGACGAUGCGGCGGACAGCGGGCGUUCUCGGCGUCAUCUGGACAACAUGCGGGGUGUCGGCCAUGUUCAUGGUGAGGUUCUUUGACUCCAAGUUCAUCAUGAUCUGCUUGGUUGCCUUCUUCGUGCUCUCCUUCGCCGCCAUCUGCUUCCUCUACGUCUACAUGUUCAUGCUGGCGCGCGUCCACGCCAGGAAGAUGGCCGCGCUGACCUCCCGCGCUGGCCACGGGUGCCAGGGGAGGCGGCGGGGCGGGAGCAUGAGAGGCGCCCUCACGCUGACCAUCCUGUUUGGGGCCUUUGUGGUGUGCUGGGCACCUUUCUUCCUCCACUUGCUCAUCAUGACGGCGUGCCCCACAGACCCGUACUGCGAGUGCUACAGAUCCUUCUUCCAGCUCCACGUCGUGCUGCUUAUGAGCCACGCUCUCAUCGACCCUGCCAUCUACGCCUUUCGCAGCACCGAGCUGCGGCACACCUUCAAGAAGAUGCUCCUUUGCUCGGAAGGGAUCGCGCCUUUAUUUCAAUGCUGA